UUUAGAAAAAUUAGGGAGGAAUGAUGAUAUAAACCCGAAUAAAUCUCUAAAACGUGGCACUUUUGUUUCUCGAAGGUCGAAGCUCUUUUCGCGUAGUUUUCUCUCCAAGGGCAGGGCAAGCUAUUCGAUUUGGAUCUCCGGGUCAGGUGCAUCGCCGAGUCACUUUUUUGGAGCGAGUCAGUACGGACAGUGAUGCUGGACUUUCUAUAAGGUUUUAUAUGCUCUUGCGCCAUGGAUCUCAAUAGAUUUAUUGAUGAGAAGAGUGAAAGCAGGCUUUACAUUGGUAAUCUUGACCUCAGAAUAACAGAGGCGGCUCUAAUUAAAAUGUUCUCUCCUUUUGGAAAAGUUGUAUCCGAGGAUUUUUUGUGGCAUACUCGUGGCCCCAAGCGUGGAGAACCUCGGGGAUUUGCUUUCAUCCAGUAUAGUACCAAAGAGGAAGCAAGACUAGCCAAGGAGAAAAUGCAUGGAAGAUUAGCUUGUGGCCGCCCAUUAGUUGUCCGCCUUGCCAGCGAGAAAUACAUGGUUGAAUCAGCCGAACAUUCUUCCAAAGGAGUCAGUGAGCCAACUAAAGUCAGCACAGCUGGUAGUAACUCAGGGCAGUUGAGUCGGAGUGCUAAAAUAGCUGCAAUUAAGAACAAGCUAAAAACCUUGGAGGAAGAAGGCUCUAGUGCAAAGAAGCAGAAGCAUGAAGACAGUAUCUCUUAGAUAAAAGAUAAAUUUGCAUGUGUAACUGAAACAAUAUCAUGAUAAUGUUCUUAAAAAUUACAUAUGAUGUAACUUUGAUCAGUUUAGAAUUUUCAUGUAGUUUUGCUUCCAGGCUGUUAAUCAAUCUAAUUCAUUAGCCAUUUUAAAAAAGAGUGAGUUGCUGUUAAUCAAUCUAA